ACCAGAACUGAGUAGGGGAGGGCGUAGGCUAACUAGUUUGUGAACGACCCAGAGAAACGCAACGCAAAUUCAAUGUAAACAUGUAUGAGGCUUUUAUAAAAUCCCGGACGAUUUUGAAAUUCCGCCACACAUCUUUUUAAAAGUGUCUCAAAAAGAGUGCAUGUCCGGGCAAAAGAGGACGCCUGGUUACCCUUCGUACGGAAAACCCAUUUGAUUCCUACCUGCUGUUCCACUGUUAAAUACCGGCGCAAAUUGGUGAGCGCUAUCCUGGAUCCAGCUGAAGCGCUCCAACAUCUUGAAGAUGGCCUUCACUCCGGAGCCGGGCGCCCCCGGGGAGACCUUUCUGCUCCGGUCCAUGAAGAUAGCGGCCGUGGUGUCCUCCUACUGGUUCAUCUCGAUCACUAUGGUGUUCCUCAACAACCACCUGCUGGAUAACAAAGACCUGGACGCCCCGCUGUUCAUCACCUUCUACCAGUGCCUGGUGACGGUGGGGCUGUGUCUGCUCCUGCAGCUCCUGUCCAGCAGAUGUCCGACUCUCAUCGACUUCCCUUCCUUCAAGUUCGACCUGAAGACCUCCCGGGAGGUGCUGCCGUUGUCUAUCGUUUUCAUAAGCAUGAUCACCUUCAACAACCUGUGUCUGAAGAACCUGGGAGUGGCCUUCUACACGGUGGGCCGGUCCCUUAGCACCGUGUUCAACGUGCUGCUGUCCUACCUCAUCCUGAAGCAGACCACCUCCGUCAGGGCCCUGCUGUGCUGCGGGGUCAUCCUGGGGGGCUUCUGGCUGGGGGUGGACCAGGAGGGUCUGGGGGGGUCUCUCUCCUGGACGGGGGUCUUCUUCGGGGUCCUGGCCAGCGCCUGCGUCUCUCUGAACGCCAUCUACACCAAGAAGGUGAUGGCCGCGGUGGAGGGCAACAUCUGGAAGCUGUCCUUCUACAACAACGUCAACGCCUGCGUGCUGUUCGUGCCGCUGGUGCUGGUGUUCGGCGAGCUGGGCCACCUGGCGCGCUUCAGCCGGCUGCUGGAGCCCUCCUUCUGGGCCAUGAUGACGCUGGGCGGCGUCUUCGGCUUCGCCAUCGGCUACGUCACAGGCCUGCAGAUCAAGUACACCAGCCCGCUGACCCACAACGUGUCGGGCACGGCGAAGGCCUGCGCCCAGACGCUGAUCGCCGUGGUGUACUACCACUCCUCCAAAGGCCUGCUGUGGUGGACCUCCAACCUCAUGGUGCUGGGGGGGUCCUCGGCCUACACCUGGGUGAAGAGCCUGGAGAUGAAGAAGGUGCAGCAGGUUCCCAAGGACGGGGACAAGGAGAAGCUGCUGCCCCUGGGAGGGGCCGAGAGCAGCAGCGCUGUGUAGCGGGGCCCGGGGGGUCUGGAGGGGGUCUGGAGAGAGGGGGUCUACAUGGAGGAUCUAGAGAGGGGGCAUUAUUCAGACGUCGGGUUAGGAUCUGAAGGGUGGGGGUCUGAAGGGUGGGGGUCUGAUGGGUGGGGUUGUGACGGUGGCGGAUGGGGGCGGCGGGUGUUGUAGGGUGGAGGUUUGGUUGACUCGGCAGGGUCGUUUCUGCCACAUACUGAUGGCGUUAUUAGCUUCAUUUUGUAAGCUAUGUGAACUCUUUUGUACCUUUUUUUUUUUUUCUUUCUCUUUUAGGACUGUAAUUUAUGGACAGAGAACCCUUCCUUUAAUCUAAACAUGUCUGCCGUUGCUUUAGAUAGAGGGGAUCACUGGCACUGAUUGAAGAACCUUGAUCAUUUUGAGAGCCUCUACCCCAAUUUCGUUGCACUUUGUGUAAUGACAAUAAAGAGAUUCUGAUUCUGAUUCUGAUUUGUGUUUCUAACUCCAUCGAUUGGAUAAACGUCCCAGCACUAUUGGUUUGAGGCUAGUGGGAUUAAGGACUGUAGGACGGUUAUCAUAAUUUGAACAUCACUUUUGAAAACUGUCAUUGAUUUUUAAUAAAUUGGCAGCAUUAGUGUUGUCAUGGUAUCAA